AUCAGCUUCGGCUGCUCAUUUCGUUCUUCCGGUGCCCCUGUCGCCCCACUCCCUCCCGAUGCUAACACCGUCGGGCUUGGCCGUGGGAGCGUAAUGGCGGUGCACCGGGGACCCUCUACGAAAUGGCUCUUCACCCGGGAGCAGCUCGAAAACACGCCGUCUCGACGCGGUGGAAUAGAGGCCGACAGGGAGCUUUCUUACAGGCAGCAAGCUGCUAACUUAAUCCAAGAUAUAGGCCAGAGACUCAACGUCUCUCAACUGAUUAUCAACACUGCUAUAGUAUAUAUGCAUAGGUUUUAUAUGAUUCACUCUUUCAGCAAAUUCCAUAGAAAUGUCAUUUCUCAGACUACGUUGUUCCUGGCAGCAAAAGUUGAGGAGCAGCCCAGGAAGCUGGAGCAUGUCAUUAAAAUAGCCCAUGCCUGCACUAACCCACAAGAGCCUGCCAUAGACACUAAGAGCAACGCAUUCCAGCAGCAGACACAAGAACUUGUAGCACUGGAAACAAUAGUGCUGCAAACGCUGGGUUUUGAAAUAACAGUUGAUCAUCCACACACAGAUGUUGUAAGGUGUUCCCAACUAGUACGAGCAAGCAAGGAUUUGGCACAGACUUCCUAUUUCAUGGCUACCAACAGGUUAUUAUCCUGUUCCCCUUAUUGCACUGUAAUGGCACACUAUAGCUUCCUGUCCUGCAGGGCCCCCCUUCCUGUGUCCAACGCCCUGUUUGCGCCUGGAACCCCGGGAACCCCCAGUGUGGGGAAGUACCGACCAGGCUGCUGUGUGCGGUGUAUUGUACAAGGGCUCUUUGUUGGCACAUAGGGGUUGAAUGCACUAUGUGGAGUGUAGUGGUGCUGUUUACCUCUCAAGGUUGUUUGGUACGGAGUGCAUAUGUCUAAAAAAA